CAACUCACUACGCGUCCAACGUUAUUAUAAAGAGCAAGCUCUGCAUUCUUUUCUCCAUCUCAUCUUGCACUCUUGCUCUUGUUUUCGCGGCUCAGAUCUAGCGCCUUGGGUUGUUGCUGCUGACCAUGAGCUACCAGGCUCCUCCUCCCGGCACUGCAGCCUACCCGCCACCGGGCACGGCGUACCCUCCGCCGGGCCAGCAGGGCUACCCGCCGCCGGCCUACGGCGCGCCGCCUCCGAUGGCCGCCGGCUACCCGCCACCGCAGGAACCGCAGAAAGGCGGCAACGACGGCUGCUUGAAAGGAUGCUUGGCUGUUCUGUGCUGCUGCUGCGUCCUCGACAUGUGCUUCUGAGUUCCCGAUCAGGAGAUUGCGUCAAGAUCGAUCCUGCCGGCAGGCGAAUAGAUGGUCCAGAGCUGUUCUGAGUCAUGAUCCUUGUUUCCACCUUGACGUGUGUGAUGUUAUGAAUUUAUUAUGGUUUACGUUCAUCUACAACUUUAGUGGUCAGUCCUGGUGUUUUGGUUUUUGUGUAGUGAAAAAAAUUCCGAUCAAUUUGUAAGACGAUGUGUUGAGCUUGGUUUGGUGCUUAGACGUAAAUCUCGCCGCCUUUGAUGAAUGUGCAUGCAUGAUUUAGACAUUCGAGAUAAUGAAUGUUUUGAAUUUUCAA